UCUAUGUCUCUCUCUCUUUUACUCGUGCACACACUUUGCACACUUAGCUUACAGAAGUAUGAUUACAUGAAACCAAAUCUUUUCACAAGAGCCAUAACCCUAGAGAGAGGGCCAAUUCCACUGCAUGUUUACUUCAUCUUCCUCUUUUGCCAAUUAGUUUUUUGAGACUGGCUUCUACCAAUGGCUUUUGCUCUUUACAAAAACUUCAAAUCCAUCAUAAACACCACUUUCCUCCUGCUCCUAUGCUUCUUCUUCACCUCCCACAUUCGAUCUCCCACCACCUUCAUUCCUCUCUCGUCAACCAGCCAUGGGUUAACACCAAGAGGUGCUGGUUGCUUUGGCCUUCAAAAGCUAAAGGACUCUCAUUCAAGAUGCCUUUAUCUCAAAACACACCACCCCUGCAUCACUCAAGGCUAUUUGAACUAUCUCCAUAUCUUCUACUGCUCGUGUGGGAGGUAUCCUGCAAUAGGCUACUCACUUUUAGCUUUAUGGCUACUAGUCCUAUUCUAUCUCUUGGGCAAUACUGCCUCUCAUUACUUUUGUUCCUCAGUGGAGAACCUCUCGAGAGUCCUUCACCUAUCUCCCACCAUCGCCGGAGUCACCCUCCUCUCCUUGGGAAAUGGCUCACCUGAUGUAUUUGCAAGCAUUGUGUCAUUUCGCUCGGGCUCCGGUGAGGUUGGAUUAAGUAGCGUGCUUGGUGGUGCCUUCUUUGUGUCGUGUGUCGUAGUUGGUGUCAUCAACCUUUGUAGGCCUUCUUCCAUCAAAAGCAUUGGAGGGGGUGGAGUCUCUCCAUCUGUCACCACUACUGCAACUGUUGCUGCUACUAUUUGUAUUGAUCGAGCUAGUUUUCUUCGUGAUGUGUGUUUUUUUAUCUUUGUCCUCUCUUCCCUCCUCACUAUCCUCAUCGUUGGCAAGGUGACCAUAUGGGGUUCCAUGGCCUUCACCUCUCUCUACUUUGUCUACGUCUCCAUCGUCUCUGCCACACAUUUCUGUCGUGAGAAAUAUGAUAGUCUUGUCAUUCCCAUCCUCGACACUGAGGAGCUCAAUGAGCCAAUUUCUGCCACCAAGGAAAAUAACUCUUCCUCCUCUGAUCAUAACCCACCCGAGAACCCAUCCAAUUUUCUUCAGCUAUGGAUCCUUACCUCACACUAUCUUAGUUGGCUUCUCUACUUCAUUGAGCUCCCCCUCUAUCUCCCCAGAAGAUUAACCAUACCGGAUGUAUCCGAGGAGCGAUGGUCAAGGCCCUUUGCGGUGGCCUCUGCUGGCUUGGCACCAAUAUUCCUUGCUACUUUAUGGAAUUCAAAGAGAGGAGGAAUGAGCUCGAAGGAGGGGCUCACCAUAUGUCUCUAUAGUGGCUUGAUAGGGUUGGUCAUGGGUUUGAUGGCCUUGCACACAACCAUGAAGGACAAUCCACCAAGGAAAUGCUUGUUCCCAUGGCUUGCAGGAGGUUUCUUGAUGAGUGUUCUUUGGACUUAUGUCAUUGCUGAAGAGCUUGUGGGGUUGUUAGUUUCCUUGGGUUACAUAUUCGGGAUAAGCCCUUCCAUUUUAGGGUUUACUGUUCUUGCGUGGGGAAACUCCAUUGGGGAUUUGAUAGCGAAUGUGGCGAUGGCAAUGAAUGGGGGCCAAGAUGGGGCCCAAAUUGCGAUAUCCGGGUGCUAUGCUGGCCCAAUAUUCAACACAUUGGCCGGUCUCGGGUUGUCGCUGGUGGUGUCGGCUUGGGCCGUGCAUCCCGACCCAUUUGUAAUACCUGUGGCCCCCGCAUUGUUUGAGAUUCUAGGCUUUAUGAUUGGGGGUUUAUUGUGGGCUUUGGUCAUCUUGCCAAAGAAGGAGAUGAAGCUGGAUAGGGUUUUGGGGAUUGGGCUAUUGGCCAUCUAUUUGGGUUUCUUGUCUUUGAGGCUAUCUCAAAGCUUGGGGCUUAUCCAGUUUUGACAGAGGGUCUGUUUUGUAAUUUAACUUAAUUUGUUGUAAUAGUUGAAGGGAAUUUUAAGAUGUGAUCUUCUUUUUAAUGCUUUAGUUAGCAUGCUAGCAUUUUAGAAUUCAUUUCUCAAGAUGUUCAAUGAAGUGUACUCAUACUUCAUGAUGUAGCCUUUCUUAGAUUAUG